AUUAUAGGUGAUUAAUGACUGAUAUUCUGUCUCCUCUACUCCACAGAUCUUACAGGUGAAUCUAGUGAUGUCCAUGUUGCUGUAUGUAUUGUUCCUAGCGUACCUGUACGGUAUCCAGGCAACGCACACGGAGCGCCAGCAGGCCCCGCCGACCCAGGACCCCGUCAACUCCCUCAUCAUCCAGCUGCUGCAGGCGGACCUGACCCGCGGCCGUGGGAGGCACGCCCAGGACACCUCGCCACCGUUCGGCCCGCCGGCCGUCGACACCCUCCUGGACGACACUAAAUUCCCGGAGAGGCGGAGCUCGCUGUACCAGCCAAUGGGAGACCUGUCGUCCGACCUGCUGCAGCAGCAGAAACGUUACAACUCUCCCCGGGUCCUGCUGAGCGAUCGGGCGCCACUGCAGCCUCCUCCGCUCUACUCUAUAGACGACUACGCGACUGGCAGCUCCGACGGAACCAACAAGACCCGCAGGAAGAGAUACGCGGAACACAAGAGUUACCGCGGGGAGUACUCCGUCUGCGACAGCCAAUCGCAGUGGGUGACGGACAAGACGAACGCGGUGGACAUCAGGGGUCGUCAGGUCACCGUCCUGGAUCAGAUAAAGACGGGAACCGCCGAAAGCAACUUUGUUAAGCAGUACUUCUACGAGACCAAGUGUCGGACUGCCAAACCUUUUAAGAGCGGCUGUCGCGGCAUCGACGACAAACACUGGAACUCGCAGUGUAAAACGUCUCAGACUUACGUCAGAGCUCUGACGCAGGACCGGACCUCUGUGGGCUGGCGCUGGAUACGGAUAGACACUUCCUGUGUCUGUGCGUUGUCACGGAAACACCGCAGGACGUAAAAACACACAGAACCUGACCAAAGACAUUAUGGGAUAUAUUUCCUUAUUGUGAAAGACGGGGGUGGGGGGGGGUGGGCUGUACAUAUAAAUUAUUAUUUAAGUUAUGUGAAAUGCAUGUAGUUUCUACAUGGCUAUAUAUGAUAUAUAAAUAUAUUUGUUAUUUAUUGAAGUCAUCAUCAAAGGAAAAUAAAUAAAAAAUAAACCAACAAA